AGUAAUUAAAUUCCAUAUGAACGCUUCCCGGCAAUAAUAUUUGUGUACUAAAACUGACAAACACAUUGUCAAUAACGAAAUAGAUUACAAUGAAAACCGUUACUAUUUUUACAGAUCACUCAUCACUGAGUUGUUGGUAACAUUUAAAAUAUCUUUUUUUACGCCAUAAAUUGAACUUGAAAACUGCGACUAAUGACAAAUCGCAAAAGGUUUGAACUUUGAAGAAAUCUCUGUUUUGAAAAAUUGGAGAAAGGUAAAUGAACUUUUUACGCAGGCUAAGCACGUCUUCAAAACGAACACGCUCAGAUUCAGAGUCGAAUGACACUCCAAAUACAUCAGAGGAAAGCCACGAAACACGAUCGCGAAAUAGGUCACGUGCUCGCUCACUCGGCCCAACCUCUAGGCUCCGUUCUAAAAGUAAACGACAGUGUUUUCUUGAAGCUUACACAUCUGAUUUCUGGAUGCGGAAUUUUCCUGAAGAAACCAACGUGACUUGGAUACAAUUUCGAGCUGCUUUUGUGUUGGACUAUAAAAACAGAUUAGAGGAAUUUUCUGAAAAAGGACAUUUGAAUGUUGUACUUGACGAUGCGCGUGAAAAACUGUCCAACAAGAACCAAAUUGUAUCCAAAAGACGGUACAUGGAGUUUGUCGGUUGUAAUUCCUGUCCCGAUGAGAUGUGGAACAAGAUAGCUGAGACUGCGGCAAAAAUAAUGUUUAAACAAGCUGUCGAGGAUUCAUUGUGCUUGUCAUAAAGGAAAGUGCAAAUCUGACGAAAACAUAAUCAUGUGAAAUUUCUCUAUUUCGAAAAACGUGAAGGAAAGAAGUCAGUGUCCCUCUAUGGCUUCAAUAAUUACAUUUUCAUGAAGGAUUUUUAAAUCCUUUAAACUCUUUAACAAAUAUCCACGAUGUAUUUGUACAUAAUGCAUAUACGCGUAAUGAGACAUUUUAGCAGUAGAAUAAUCACAUCAGUGUUUUUGUAGCGGGUGCAAAAAGCCAUCAAACAGGAACAGACGUCUGUCCAAAAAAAUUGAACUCACUAAAGAGUAGGAAAAUGUGAAAAGGACAUUGCUGCCAAUGCAUUCUGGGUUUUGGAAUUUAGGGGGGGGUCAAAGUUUAAUCUGUAUAUUGGGCAAAAAAAUGUGUUUUGAAAACUACACACGCAAUUUUUGACUAAAUACAAUCAUUCAAAGAAUUUUGCCAACCA